AGAGGGAGACGCUCACAUUUCGGGUCUUUUAUCAGUUCCACCUUUGAGCUUCGUUCAGGCGUCUUCUCGAGGGUGAUUCUCUCACCUUUGUCCCCGAAAACUACGGAGUACGGAGACACAACGCCGGUUAUAGUUGCCUCGUGUGUUAGACUGAAGGUCCAAUCCUUGGAGAGAAAACCCAGGAUGGAUCCUAGCUGUGAUCAUCACUUUCUUCAUCGUGUUUUGGGGAAAACUGUACACAUCACACUGAAAUGUGGCACAUUCCAGGGAAUAUUGCAACAUGUGGAUUCCAGUCAGUGUAUCUUUCUAAACAGAGUUAAAAAUUUGGAAAAUGGCAGAAAUGUACCUGGAAUAAAGAGGUUCUUUGGCCAUGAAAUUGUUAAUGUGGAAUUGCUUGAUGACUUAGAACAAUCUGCUCCAGAAAGAAAUUUCACUCCUACUGGAUCCAGGGAAUUUCCACUUACUAAGUUGUCUGAAAUCGACCAAGAAUCACAACUGGAUCAAAGCACCCAUAGAGCUAAUGUUUUCCCAGUGAGCCAGCAACUCUGUUUGGAUGAAGAUAAUGGGGAAAACAUAGAAUAUAUUGUUAUCAAUCAAUUCCAGAAGACAUUUGGUUCUGCUAUGAUGCACAUCAAAAAUCAAAGGGUAUGUAGUAUAGCAGCAGAGGGUGUCAAUUUGUGUCGGCAUGGAAAACUUUCUUGGUUACAAGUUGCAACAGAACGUCAGGUUUUCUUAUUUGACAUUUUUGUUUUGGGAGCUCAAGUGUUCAAGAAUGGACUACAAAUGAUACUGGAGGACCGGAAUAUUUUGAAAGUUAUCCAUGAUUGCCGUUGGCUCUCAGAUUGUCUUUCUCACCAAUAUGGAAUUGUGCUCUCCAAUGUCUUUGAUACACAGGUUGCUGAUGUAUUACAGUUCUCAAUGGAAACAGGUGGCUACCUUCCACACAGGAUCAGCACUUUACAAGAGUGUUUAAUGCGGUAUUUGAGGCUGCCUGACAAAUGUGUUUCUUUCUUGGAAUACAAACAGCAAGCAAUUGAGGAAAAUCCUGAGGUCUGGUUUGUGCGACCCCUUCCACCUGUAUUGUUGAAUAUAUUAGCCAUGGAAACAGCGUAUCUCCUCCCUCUCCGUUUGCUGCUGCUUGAGGAAAUUAUGUCUGAUUUAACAGCAUUAGUGGAUAGUUACUUGAAUGCAUUUCGGCAAGGAUCUGCAGACCCCCUGGGGAGUAUCAAGAUGUCUUCUAUGAACUUACCAGAAGAGCUACGGCAACUGGCAGAUCUUUAUAACAUCCGAAGACAGACUGCAGUGCAAAAGUUCCAGCUGAGUGAGGAAGGUUUCCUUAUCAGAAAACAAGUGGAGGCAAUAAGAAGAAAAAAGGCAGAGUGAACAAUAUCCUAAAACAAUACUGUCCGGGUUCUAAUAGCCAGGGCAAUCAUAAAAAAAAGAAGAGAUAUAUAACCAUGCUAACCCAAAGCCUAUAGUUGGUGAUGGUGAGAUAGACUCUAAAAUGGAAAGGGGACAUUUCAUGUAAACUGACAUUGAAAGAGGCUAAAAUGAAGGGGAAAAUAACCACAAAGAAAGUUUUUCUCCAGAAAAAAAAAAUGAGGCAGAUUUUGAAAGAUAAAAACAUGAAUAAAUAAACUAUGCCCAGCUUUUUAGCUCAAAAAUGAACAAUACACCUGAAUUCUCAUUAUAAGGUUGCCUUUGCCUACUGAGGGCUGUCUUGCCAAUCCCUGUCAGAACCUCAUCUCAUCCGGCAAGUCGUACCACUGUCUUUGGUUUUCCUAAGAGGAAAAGAAGUAGGGGUCUCCAGAUUUAACUGCCAGCUAAGAUCAUUAAAACAUAGAGGCCAGGAAAGAAAUUGCAUUUUUUUUUUUUAGGAUGAGGGCUUUCAUUUUGGAACAACAAACAUGGGAUUCAGUAUUUUUUAUCUGCAGUGCAGCAUUGCCUCUCAUGUAAACCAGUUGAUCCUGUUCAUUGACUAUUUGUUUGCUGGAGGUUCAGGGCCCACUCUUUUCAGUUUCCAAACAAUCAGAAAGAUUGUCCUUCUAAGACUAAACAAUUGCAUGAUAGGAAAAGGCUUUCAGUCUUGUUUAUAGAUUAGUUUUUUGCUCCAUUCAUUAAUUUCAAAAUGUAUUUACUAAAUACCAUCAGCUUAGGAUAACUAUUUUAUUUACACAGGGUAGGCAUGCAUAACUGUAGUUUGUAAUUUUUCUAAUAAGUUAUCUAUGCCGUCAUUUUGUUCUGGAUAGUUAUUAUUAAUGUGAACAGUAACUCAAGUAUGGAAUAUGUGAUCCAAGCUUAAAAAAAGGCUUAUAAUCAUGUAAUUGGAUGGGUGGAGGGUUGCUUAAGAUUGUGGGUUCUUAAUGUUGUAAGCCAUCCAAUAACCAUGUGUGAGUUGGGCAGCCAUAUACAUUUCUUUAAUAAAUAAAAAAUAUAGUACCAUUGUAGCAGAUUUAAAAAUAGGCCAGCUAUUGCCUGAGAUGUACUUGAGCAAGUGCAGAUUUAUUAAUUUGAAGGUAUGAUUUAAAACAGGUCCCCAACCCCCAGUCCAUGGACUGGUACCGGGCCACAGCAUGCCAGCAACCAGUCUGCACAAACAAGCAAAAAACCACGCACUCUUUGGUCUGUGGAAAAAACUGUCUCCAUGGAUUCAGUCCACAUGCCCAAAAGGUUGAGGACCUCUGAUUUAAAAAACAAAUGCAGUACUCUCUCUUUUUUCCGUAUAUAAUUUUUAUUAAAACUUUUAAACACAAAAAUAAAAACCAACACAAACAUAUAAUGUAAGAAAGUUUAAAAAGGGGGAGGAGAAAUCAAACAAAAAGCAAAAAGUACAAGAAAACAAAAGAAAAAUGGAAAAGAAUAUAAAAGAAAAAUAUAUAAAGAAAUGGCUUCUAAUAUUCUUCAGAGCAGUUGUAAGUACAGAUACAUUUAACCUCUCUAUAUAAAGUUACUUAUUUAUUUUAGAUAAUUUAUAUAGCUGCCUACUCACAGCAACUCUAGAUGACUUACAGACAAUAAAAACACAAUGCAGCAAAAAAUAAAUAAUAAAAUAACCCCUCCAUCCCACUUGGUGACAACACACACUCAAAUCAGCCAUUUAACGGGCUCCAUCCCACUCAGAUCUACUGGCAAAA